GCCGCUGCAGCAGCCGCAGUACUGCAGCCACCAGCGGCGAGCGGGUGUACCGAGUUGAGACGCGGUUGGCCUUUAGCUCAACACCACCACCGCGGGUUGUUCACUACGAAGGGGUAACUUCAUCGCGUGUUCGUGGCAAACAGCGUGAAGCUGGCGCACUUCUCCCACAGUAGCAGCAGGGGUUGGGCGGGCUGCCUCAUCUCCUGCAGCUUGCGGUUGGAUGGUGAGCCGAGGGGCAGACAGCUCGGGGCCAGGGGGCGGGUCCAGCACAAGGACCGCGCCAACCAACACUGCUCUAGGCCGGGUCGAAGCUGCUGCCACCAUGUCUGCCCACCCGUCGUUGGUUGAGUGGAAGAAGCUGCGAUUCGUCAUCAUGGACGCCCCAAAGGCGAACAACUUGCACUUAUAUAUUAGAGAGCUCAAGAAGCAGAAUGUGGUGUGCGUUGUGCGCGUCUGCGAGCCGACCUACCCUGCCUCCGAGGUCGAGGCCGCGGGCAUUAAGCUGCUGGAAAUGGAGUACGACGAUGGCGGUGCCCCUCCUGUUGAGAUCAUCAACAAAUGGCUUGAUGUGGUGCAGACCACGUUCCACAACGCUCCCGAUAGCUCGGGGCCCAACGGGUCGGAAGGACCGACCAUCGCCGUUCACUGUGUGGCGGGACUGGGGCGCGCACCGGUGCUGGUAGCCAUCGCUCUCAUCGAGUAUGGAAAGGAUCCAAUCAAGGCGGUAGAAUAUAUUCGCGACAGACGCCGCGGGGCCAUCAACCGCAAGCAGUUGUCGUACUUGGACAGCUACGAGCGAAGGAGCAGUGGUAACGGCUGUUCUUCUUGCGUCGUUAUGUGAACGAACGUGAACUGUUUGUUCCCUAGGGUGUCUGACACCAAGUUAGGACACCAGGGAUCUGUGACCCUUGGGUUGUUGUGAAAGAAAGAAUGAGUGAUGGUGUGUAUACCCCGCAGGAAGCGGGUUCGGAGUAUCACCCGGCCGUCUGUACAAUAGUAAGUGCGUUGUAGCCUUUGGUAACAAGAGAUAGAUGUGUUCUGUUUAUUUGAACUAAAAACUAUUAUACUUCG